CUUUUAGUCACUAAAGAGAGGAUCUGAAACCGCUGGCAGCUCUUUGGUGUGUCGCAUUUAAUGCUUCUUUCAAUCUCUGCGCUUUGCUGUGCGUGCGCGCGCGCGCACGUGUGUAUGGGGGGUGCAGAAACAUGUGGCGUAGGGGGAGCCAAGGGAGACUGUGUGUGCGUGACUGUGUGAGAGUGUGUAGUCGUGUGGUCCUGUAACUUUUUAGCAAGAAUAAUGAUGCACGUAUGCGCGGGCGUGAGCUGCAUGUGCGUGCGCAAAACCAUCCACCGCGGUCGCAGCGGGUUUCUGGCAUGAACAGGUGACUGUGCCGAUCCUCGAGCGCGUGCGUGCACAGACGUGUUGGAGGCUGAUCACAGAUGUUGUGAACGUGCGUUUAUUCACGCAAGAAACCGUUUGCGCAUAUGGAGCGAGGAUUGUACUUUAUAAUCACACACACACACACACACACACACACACACACACACACACACACACGUGCACGCGCCAGCUGAUCCUCCUCUAGAGGAAGCGCUCGAGACAUAAAUGAAACAAAGAGACAGAAGAAUGCGCGUUUCCCGAGCAGAGACUGACGUUUGGUGACAAGGACGAACACCGCAGGGACAAACUUUUCCUGCUCCUUUCAUUUGUUUGUUUUAUGACUAGAUCUGGAGCUUAUUUCCAUUUAAGGUGGAUUCAGGCGCUCCCAAAAAGCUCCGCCAUUCCAAAGUUCUCACACGUGAUAGGGAACAGCUAGGAAUCAGCUCAGUGUAAUGUCAAAGAUUACUUAUUCAUUUAUUUAUUUAUCUCAGGGAAGGCGUUGGUGUUAUAACAACAAACUAAACCAAAUCAGUACUGAAUUAUAAAAAAUAAAAAAAUCUAUCUGAAGAAAAAAAUGAUAUUAAUCAAAAGAUAACAUCAUUAUCUCUAAAGAUGAAUAAACUUUGACCUCUGCAGAAGGAAUCCAACAAUGUCAAGGAAAACGAGUUACGUCUUCUUUUUGAUCAAUCUCCUUGCGAAAUUAAUGUAAACAGUUUAUUUUUUGUUUUAACUCUGGAUAGUGACAUUUCCGACAACACCUGAAGGCACCAGCAGCGAAACGAUAUAUGAGAGAGAGAGAGAGAGAGAGAGAGAGAGAGAGAGAGAGAGAGAGAGAGAGAGAGAGAGAGAGAGAGAGAGACCUGUGCUGUGAGAGCACAGCCAGGAGACAGGAAUUCAGCAGAGAUAACACAAUUUCGUCAAGAUUCGGUCGAUCUUGGUUCGGUUCGCUGCUGACAGCACUGGGACACAUCGCGGACCCUCAGCCGGAGUCUCUGCUGGAUCUGGAUUUUGUUUUUGGAGAACUGCUCCGGUCUGAGUUUUUGAGCUGGCUCGCGUUGUAAUUGGUCCUUCCCUGGAGAAGUCCCUGUGAUCAGUGAAAUCUUCAACCAACAAAAUGGCAACCUGAAGUGUUGCGGAUUAACUCAUCCAACGCAACGACACCUUGACUGAUAUGAUGACUUGAAACCCAAAGUUGAAUUAUUCAGACAAAGAAGUUCAGUCUCAUAUAUUUGUUGUCCCAGAGGAAGACGCGGGACUGGAACAGCAAAUGAUUUUUUGCUUAUAUGGUUUAACUCUGCCUUAUUAUUGACUUAAUAGGCGAAUGAUUGAAGGUUGACAGAAUAGAAUUCUUCCCUAGAUGUACAUGUGGAGAUAGCAGUAAUUUUAAGUGUUAUUACGCUUGUGAGCGAGCAGGUGCACAGGCUGGUUUCUGCCAUACUAUGAAUCCCAGAGACAGUGUGGAGGUAAUGGAGACUGAGGCAGGAGGUCAAAAGGAGAAGCUGAUUGGAGGGAAAGCCAAUCCUGGAAAUGAGAUUGAGGGCGAGGAUGACAAAAUCCCUGGAGCUUACAACUGCAACAUCUGUGGACGCAGCUUCCCUUUUCUUAGUUCUUUGUCGCAGCACAUGAGGCGACACACGGGCGUGCGCCCUUACAAAUGCCCCUACUGUGACCACAGGGCUUCCCAGAAGGGCAACCUCAAGGUCCACAUCCGCAGCCACAAACUCGGCACACUGUCUAGCCACCACUCCAACGAGGAUGAAGAGGGUGGGGCAGAGGAGGAGGAGAUGAAAGUCUCAGAGGGUCUCAAUGGAAGCACCAGUCCAACGAAGAGCAGCUCAGCCUGUAACAAGGUGAUCAACGGGGACGCUGGUGAGGAGAAUCGGAGAAAGAUGUCUGCCCGGAGCAUGAAAAGGGAAAAGUCUGUAACCAACCAGAGGCCUUUCUGUUGCCGCCUGUGUGGCUACGAGGCCCAGCGAGAAGAUCAGCUCCUCAGCCACAUUGAGAAGGUCCACAUAACAGCAGACGCAGCAGAGGAACCCGUCCCUGUCAAGGAGGAGGACAUGACCGAACCCGAUGUCGCCCAGUCGCAGAGCGAUGGGACGUUCCCCUGUGAGACCUGUGGUCAGGUCUUCACCCAAGCCUGGUUUCUGAAGUCACACAUGAAGAAACAUGCCGGGAUACUGGACCACUGCUGCAGAAUCUGUGGGAGAAGGUUCCGCGAAGCCUGGUUUCUCAAGUCUCACAUGAAAACACACAACACCAAAUCCAGGUCUCGCUCCAAAGCAGACUCAGCUGAGCAUCCGGCCACUAUCAACGAUGUAGCCCAGGAUCCUGACGCCGUCACUGCCUCCGUCACAUCUGUUUAUCACACCUGCUCCAAAUGCGGGAACCUUUUCCACAACAAAGAAAGUCUAAGAGCUCAUGAAAAAGUUCACAGUCAGAGCUUUGGGAGAAAGUCCCCCAUCCGGCGCAGCCCUAGCGACGACGAGGACUCGCCAGCUGCUAAGAGACGUUUACUUGAGUACCUAAGCCUUCAGUGUGUUGAAGUUAAGGCUGUGAAAGAAGAGGAGGACAGUGAGAACAUGAUUAUGGGUCAAAGAAUUCCAGAGCUGGAUCCAGUUUGUAGCUACCAGGCUUGGCAGUUAGCCACUAAAGGAAGGGUUGUGGAGCCUGUGGAGCCCAAUUACAAGGCCUCCUAUGGAGGAGGAAGUAUGGAGGAGGAUGCCCUUUCUGAAGCCGCUGUGGUUUUUGAGAAGGAGAGCAGUCGUUAUGUCCUGCAAGGUCAAGAAAAACGUAUCUCUGGCAGACGCAGCAGCUCUGGGGUGGGAAGCCACACCUCAUCAGGGGACAGGACACCUGAGAGCCUCAGCGACUCUGAGUACCGACCUUCAUGUCGCCAAGACAGACGACGAUCAUCCCAGCCACAAGCCUCCUCCAAGGGCAACGAGUGCUUCGAGUGUGGCAAGACGUUCCGCAGUCGUCACCAGAUGAUCGUCCAUCAGCGGGUCCACAGGAAGGACGGGGGCAGGGCAUCUGUGGGAGACAAAGAGAGGACAACAAGGAACGAGCAGUGGGGCCAUGCCAGUGAUGUAGAGUCAGGCUCCCCGAGCAGACCCAGCACUCCCGGGUACGGAGACUCUCCACCAGCCUCAACUCUGGGAGACCAGGCUUCUGAGAUGGGUACCUCAAACUCUGGAGAGCUUGCAGAUGUGAAGCCCUUCGUCUGCAGCAUGUGUGACUUUGUCACCUCCGAGUCUCAGGCUUUUUCCACCCAUGUCCGAGUCCAACACCCGGCUGUCCCCAACGACAGACAUGAGCUUGUUCCCAGUCCCACCUCCAGCCUGGACAGAGGCAGCUCUAGUAGUUAUCCCAAACUAAAAACUGAUUUUGUCCAGGGGCUAAAGACCUCUCCACAUGAUCCCACCUUGACCCCCGUGGAUCUGUGUGUGAGGGCGGAGGGUAUCAGAGGCACAGCCUCCUUAACGCUGGACAGAAAAAGCCUCCCUAGCCACAAGUGCUCCUUUUGCUCACACUCCACCUCCUACCCCGAGGUACUGUGGAUGCACCAGACUGUGGCUCACCGCAUCAACAGCAGCAGCUCCAGUUUGGCUCCUAAAUGGGCUCUUAAGACCAACUCAAAGGGCUCCAGAGAUGGUGUGUUAACGUCUAGGAGGCGCACUGGACCCCCACCGAUGCUGGAAGGGAAGGAGUGUCAGCCCCUGCCUCCAGGGAUGCGCCUCCAGCGUACACGGCCUCCGAUCUGCUCCAGUGAGGUUCCAAAGAAGAGUAGGCCACUCAGUCAUGCAACUGCUGCAUCCUCCUCCUCCUCCUCAUCACUCUCCUCAGGCCCCUGCACCUCUUCCUCAAGGGGCUUCUCAUAUGCAUCAGCCAGCCGAGCUGGGAGAGUCCCCGUACGGUCAGCAAGUAGCGGUAUCAUCAAACACACAGAAGAUCAAAAUCGUCGCUUCAGACCCAAGGUGGAUGUCUACCCACGAGGAAGCUCUCUGGCUUCUUCUGGCUCCUUGGAGAAGAACACCGGGAGCCUCUCCCGUUCCUCUGCUCCAAAUCCGGGCUGCGCUUCCAGGGCGUCGGACCGCUACUUUAUGCCACAGGAGGGUCUUGGCUUCAUGCUGUCCAGCAAACACAGCCGAGCUCAGGGUUCGCCUCAUCAGCAGCUAGCCAGCUCCCUCAGCCAGAGUCGGCCCAACAUCUCAAGGCCCUCCACCAUCAUUCAGAGCUCAGUCACAACUCAGAACUCUGCCGGCUUUCAGACCCAUGCAGAUUCUGUGCAGAAUUCUUCAUCCCCCUCCUCUACCUCCUCCUCAUCCUCCUCAUCAAUCCCAGAAGGUCGUAGAGACGUAAAGCAGGACCUGAUUGCAGAGACAACGGAGCUGCCAACCGAUGUCCUCAGAUUCCUGAAGAACUACAGUCCUCAAGAGCUGGCUGCUCUGUACCACCGCUGGGGCGCAGCUAACGUCCUGCUGGAUCCCACAGGAACGAUCCGGUCUCUCAUGAGGCAGGGGCCAUAUUUCUGUCAUGAGUGUGGGAAGAGUUUCAGCCAGCCCAGCCACCUGCGCACACACAUGAGAUCCCACACAGUUGGGUUUGAUUUUAACGGACUCCACAGAGGUACUGACGCUCACACCAACGCUUCCGAAGCUCCCAGACAAGGGAAAGGCCAUUCAGCUGCCAGCUCUGCCCAUACCGAGCCUCUCAGAAAGGGAACCUAAAGACGCACGUCCAGAGUGUCCACCACUUGCCUUUUGACAACAGCCAGUACCUGGACGCCCGGGGCUCGACUCUGAGCCAGGAGGAGCCAGGAUCACCGGCUGCCAAGCACCUCCCAAAACCGCAGUGACAACCACAGCAUCCGGCUGGUGGACCCGCCGCGUCACCUCAGAGCCCGUUAGAGAGUGGGACCCAAGACUCAUGAAGAACUCGAUGAUCUUUAUUGAAUUUUCUACAAAGAAUUUUCCUGUAGUUUUGAUAAUUGUGUUUCGUGAAGAGGCGUUUUAAAGCUGUGCUAAGAACGCUUAAAAGGAGCAGAAAAGUCUUGUGACAAAAAACUAAAACGUUAAAGUUUAAUUUGAAAGAAUUUUAGCAAGGAAAGCAAACUCACCCAUGUUUAAUCUUUCCCGUUUCUAUGAUAUGAAGGCUUUGCAUCACCUGAAAGGAUUUCUGAUAUAAAAAAACACGCAGACUUCAUAGAUUUCCCUCCUGCUGCCAUUUUAAAGGUACCAACAUGUGACGUAGCCAAGAGCAGCCUUAAAGGAACAUUUCCAAAAAAGAAGAAAAACUCAUGAAGUUUUUAGCCUAAUAGUCCAGAAACCGGACACGUGUUUAAUUUAAAAUCUGUUAUCGUAUGUUAGCCUGUGUUCCGCUGGACAGUAACCAUCGAGCCAGAUUAGCGGUGGCAGCAACACAGAAGCUGUAGCGCCGCUGAUUAGGAAGGAAGAGAGACAGAACAAACGCUAAUGACGACAUCUGCUUAAGUGUUCAAUAUAAAAAGUUACAUCCAAACCUACAUUUUUGAUCAAUUUUAAUGUGCAUCUAAUUUUCUACGUAUAUUCAAUUAGUUUCCAUGUAACAGGAAGGGACUGAGUCCAGAAUCAGGCUGCAGGAAGAUGCUGGCCUCAGAUUCAGCAGGACAUUAGACAUGGCACCAAUUGAAGGCGUUGAAAGGACUUAUUAAUGUUGCGGGCUGGUACAUAGACUAAAACUCUCAUUUGACACCUGGAAAAUGAACACCUAAGCAGACCAAGUCUGUCGUGUUGUCAGGCUGGUUGUGAGGAAGAUUUGCAUUCUGAGGACCCGGUGUUUGGAGGUCAGAGAGGGAGCAGCCCGAGGUCAGGAGGCCACGCUUCCAGGGCUACAAACAUCCGGUGGAGACACUUUGAAACCCUCUGAAAUGUAGAGCUGUCACAUCCUUAACGUCGGGUGUGUGAGCAGACAUAUUUGUUUUCCGUGUUUAGAUGCUAUUAUCCUACCUCCUUAGUGAUGAGAGCUUAUUAUCAGAAUAAAGCCAAAACUGUGUGACUCCUUAAUGGUUUUUGGCCAUUUUUAAGUGUGUCUCUGUUUAAAGAUGAAUAAAUAAUGAUUAUUUUUCUCAUUGCAGAUAGCUUACUGAACAGCCUCUGUUCAAAGAAAUAGAGUUUAUCUGAAAGUAGCCCAAAAUCUCCUUUAAAUGAUCGCUGAGCUGGAAGCAGCCGAGACAAGCGAAGACUCGAGAAUCCUAAAGCUAACGGAGGAAGCAGAGAACUUUUUUACACAGACAUGUUUAGUUAUGCACACAAUGCUGUGUGCUUGAAUCUGCCUAAUGACACACACACACACACGUGUGUAUAUUAAAGGUGUGUGUGUAGUUCAAAUACUUGAAAUGGAUACUCUUAGCCUUUGAGGUAGUGUAGUACUAAUACCAGUGCUCUACAGAAUUCCCUUUAAGAUUAACUCGUCAGAAUUUGUACUCCAAAGUGUGGUUUAGAAGCAUGUGUGUGUGUCUGUGUGUGUGUGUGUAAUAUAAACUGUAAAUGUGUAAUCCACUUUGACCAAAACCUUUAUAAACAGCAGUAGAAACCAAACAGCAUAACUAGUGCACUUAGACUAGGUUAGUGUUUUAACCUCUGUUUUCUCUGUGUGUGUGUGUGUGUGUGUGUGUGUGUGUGUGUGUGUGUGUGUGUGUGUGUGUGUGUGUGUGUGUGUGUGUGUCCAUAACGGUGAGGCUAACACACUUGGCUGUUUUUUGGGGGUGUAGAUGCUACUGUCGUCUGGUUAGAAUGAUUUCAUGAAUUUGAAUAAAACUGAAUAGUUUUAGCUCUCUAGCUGCUCUUUGGACAGUUGCAUCAUGCAGCUUUGCUUCUUGUUUUUAUUAUUUUUAUAUAAACAUGUGAGAGUGAUUUUUUUUGUCAGUUUCAUCUAAACUGUAGGAUUUGUUCAGCAGCUGGUGAGGGAGGGGUUUCUCUUUAGUUGUUUUUUUCCCCCUUUCCUUAACUCUAAACAUGUUUUAUUUGUGUCUGUAUUGCUGUUAUUAUUUGUUCUAAUUCAUGGUUAAUUUGCUCCAGAAGAAAUUUUUACUCCAAAUGUACUUUGGUUGAUAUCUGUAUUUAUUAUCACUCCAAAACAAGGAUGAGAGGACCGAGGCAGACAGGUGUGUUUUUGUUUUGCUUUGAUUUUUCUGGGUUUGUUUGAGUUAUUAUUAUUAUUAUUGUUUUAUUCAUUGGAUUUUUUUAGAAGGUAGUUUUCAAGCCAGCAAGUCGAUGUGGAAGCUCUACCUCGUCUGAGCCAUUCUCAGUUUCUGUUACAGUUUGUGCAUCAUUUCAAAAACCGAUGUAACGUCAUGUCCAAAAUAAAGACACAAAACAGCGCCGUCUCA